CUGGUAGGCUAUCAAAAAUCGGAACUUAGCUUAUAGUUACCUUGACUACGUCGCCAUUCAUGUAAAAUGGCUGUCAAACUUGAUAGGGAGGGCUAGUUAGUGAUUUGCACUUGAUUGCGAAUUAUACGUGUUGAGCACCAAAAUGGAUGGUAGAAUGAUGGUAGCCAGACUUCCUCCAAUUGAAAGGGGGAGGAGUCUUUCUCCACGAGCUGGACAGCAAUUUGAGGGAUUAACAGGACCAUCAUACAAGCUUAACGAUAAAUCCCAUCCCCUACCAAAUCCCAGGACUCUGAGACCAUACGUUGACACACAGUCCGGUGAUGUGGAUACUUGGCCAGCUCAUGCGAGUGGUCAGGCAGGGGCCUCCACAACGCUAAUGUUGUCAAAAAAUAAAAGUCUCAUUCUGUACGAUGAGGAGGCUAUGGGGAAACCUAAAAUGAUUCCCAAACCCAGGUUUCUGGAGCAACUGGAGAGUUACCUGAAGAAAGAGUUACGGGCCUUGGGGGUUACAGAUGUUAAUGCUAACGAACUAAGGCUACAGGCUCACAGAGAGGUUUUUGAAUAUCUGAUAGAGGACUUUAAGACCUACAAACCUCUCUUAUCAGCAGUAAAAAAUGAGUAUGAAAUGAUGCUGGCAUACCAGAGACAAGUUAUACGAGAACUGGAACCACUAAAGCAAAUGUUAGUGACAGUAUCGGAGCAGUGUGAUCAGAAGAUAAUGGCCAUCAGGGAGGAGGAAAAACAAGAGAUUAAAGAUUUGAAGGCUGAAAACAAGAGACUUCUGGAGAAAAUUCAGAACAUGCAGAAUGAGAGACUAGAUUUAGGUGCAGAAGUGAGAAAGUUAGAGGAUGAUCUAGCAGAAACUUACAAAAACUACAGAGAUGAACUAGAUUCUAAAAAGCUUUUGUUACAAGAAAUGAAUGAUAUGCGAGAUCAAAAGGAUGAUUUGAUGGCAUCUAAAGAGGCAGCUGAAAUGGAAGCCCAGGAUGACCCAGUUACACUCAAGAUAGCUCUUAGACAAGCCAGAGAUGAUGAAAAGAAUGCCACAAAGCGUUUGAAUGACAUGAUAACUAAUUAUUAUGAUGUCAUUCCAAGGAGGGACUUCGAGACUUUGGAAGCUAAAUAUAAUAAACUAGUCGAAGAUACAGACACAAUGAGAAGUGAUUUUGAUAAAUUGAAAGCUGAGCAUGACACACUUCUGGAUAUCCAGAAACAGGUCACCAGACAGAGAGACGAGUUCUAUGUAGAAUUAGAACAGAUGAAACGAGCUUCAACUCCAAGACCUGAUUGGGAGAAAAGUGCUGAUGUUAUAUCUGGGGGUGUUGUUCGGUGGAAGGAACUAUCUGAUGGGAAGUCUUCAAAUGACCUCGUGGAUGUUUUGCUGGCAGAAAUCCAAGCAGGUGGACCUGUUGAUUCUGGUGGAGCUGAAUAUUUUGAUGGACAAGGAACUGGACCAUCUGUUCCAAAAUACCUAAGAUUUGAUGGACCUGUCAGAAAUCGUCAUCUAGGAAAGAGGGAUUGUCUGCUGCUCAUUCGAGACAUAUGGAGGGAAAAAGCCGCACAUGAUGAAUCUAAACCGGAAGGGGAGAAGAGAGACAGUAUGGCCGAUUUCCUGGAUACGUACCUCAGUCGGCGGUUUGCUAUGGAGCAGAUGAAGGUGGAGUGGGGAUACAAUCUACAUGAUGCCUGUCAGAAAUACUCCACUGAUGACAUCAUAGGAUUAUUCUGGGGAGUUUUGGAAAACAAUACUGACGAAGAAAUUUACCAUGAUCAAAUGACCAAGAUAGAACAGCUUUUGAAUCAACUGACAUCCAUUGAUGUUGAAAAGGGAAAUCCAGGCAAGAUUACAAAGGAUGAACUGAGAACUGGUAUACGAACAGUACUGCCGGCAGUGGACGAGGAGGCCAUGGUUGCUCUCAUCAAAGGAGCUGAACUUGAGCUGGAGGCUCAGAAUACCGAUGAUAUUGACUACAAGGAAAUGUUCAAAGAGGAUGAUGAAGGAAGGUUUGGGCCAUUCCUUGAUGAAGUUCUGAAGUGGAUUAAACAAGAUAGAAUCAAUUUUGGAGAGAAUGUAAAACAAAAGCUUGGAGAAAGCAGCAAAGUAGAAGUAGAUGAAAUGAAACAGCUGAUCAUGGGAGCAGCACCUAACUUGGACACACCCCAUUUACUAAAAAUUCUUGCAUGGGUAUUUGAAACAACUCCAGAUAAUGUGCCCAGUGCUGAAGCAGCUGAACUUUCUAAAGCCAUUGAGAGACUACAAAACUGCCAUGUUCCACGAUCAUAGGGUCAACUUUUAGUGAUCCUGGGAAUGAAUGAGAUUACCUGUUUAUUUGAAUGAGAGCGAGUGUGUGAAUGUAUGUAAAGUGCUGUAAUGAAAUUCAGGAUCAUUAGUUUAUCUCUGUGAUGAAAAGUUUUUUUUUUUUUUUUUACAAUGAUUUUGAAUUACAUAUGCUGUUUUAUGAUCAGGAUUAUUGAUGAUCUUAUUGUGUAUUAUCUGUGAUACUUCCUUUUAAUAGAGGUACAUGUACUUAUUAUUAUGUACUUAUGUUCAGUGUUGAAGAAUAAAACAACAUAAAACGAU